GUUUAUUGGUUCAAAGAGCUCUAAUCUCUCAUGUAGAUAAGGAAAUAACUUUUAAAAGAACGACUUCAAAUGCGGAAGUUGGUCAGCGCGUCUGCCAGAUAGGGGGAUGUUUGCUGAAAAGACGAAGAUCUGGCAACCGAAAAGAGUCAAUCGCACCUUGAGCUUUUAGCGGUAAUAAUAACGCGCUUUUUCAUUACCAGCACUGAAAUAGGAGGAACGUUUUGCGCUGUUGGUUCAGUUGCGAAAGAGAAAAGGAAAAGAAGCGACGACAAUUAUAUACCAGCUAUGCCGGGUAGAUAGGAGCUGCGUGACUGAAACCCGCAGAAAUGAGCGAUACCAAAGGGCCCGCAACACGCAGGAGGAGGACUACCAUCUCCGGCGGCGGAGGAGCGGGCAGCGUGAAACAAGCCAACGGCACUAAGGGGCAGGAUGGCGGGGCAAAACCUCCACGGUAUCCCGCUGGAGUCAAAACAGCGGCGGCGGAGGUUUCCAAGCUGCGCUCCAGUCACAAUAAUGGGAAUCUGGACAGGGAAGAUUCAGGGAAAAACCAGCAGCACCAGUCCAGGAUGAGUCCGAGGAAGCAGAGGAGUGCGGUGGAAGACAUCAACGACCGGCUCAGCUGCCAUGUUCUACAGGAAUCUCUCUUGAGUUCAGCCAGUGGCUACAGCAACUACAGAGGAAUCCUUAACUGGUGUGUUGUCAUGCUGGUGCUCAGUAACGCACGCCUUUUCUUGGAGAACAUUAUCAAGUACGGCAUCUUAGUAGAUCCAAUCCAAGUAGUGUCUCUUUUCUUAAAGGACCCCUACAGUUGGCCAGCAGCCUGCCUAAUUAUUGUGUCCAACCUGUUCAUCCUGACAACCUUGCAUGUGGAAAGGCGUCUGGCAGUGGGUACAAUCUCUGAAACUACAGGGUGGAUUCUUCACAUUUCCAACCUCACGUGCAUGUUGAUCUUCUCCUCUGUCACAAUUCUCACUGUGACCUCCAUGACCCCAGUGGGUGGUGUGUUUUCUCUAGGAAUCUACACUGUGCUGUUUCUCAAGCUUUACUCUUAUCAGGACGCCAACAGGUGGUGCAGAGAAAUCGGACAAGCCAAAGCCAAAAGACUAACACGGUCAUAUUCAUGUCCAGAUGUUAAGCAGUCAAAUGGCUCAGCAGUUCAUUGUCUUGUCUCAUACCCAGGAAACCUCACACACAGAGACAUGUACUACUUUGUUUUUGCCCCAACUCUUUGCUACCAGCUCAACUUCCCACGAUCUCCACGAAUACGUAAAAGGUUCCUAAUAAGAAGGCUUUUUGAAAUGCUUUUUCUUAUGCAGUUGUUGGUGGGAUUGAUACAGCAGUGGAUGGUUCCCUCAAUUCAAAACUCAAUGAAACCAUUCCGGGAAAUGGACUUUUCUCGGAUGGUGGAACGAUUGCUCAAAUUAGCUGUCCCUAACCAUCUUAUAUGGUUAAUCUUCUUUUACUGGUUUUUCCACUCCUCUAUGAAUUUUGUGGCAGAACUGCUGCAGUUUGGAGACAGGGAGUUCUACAGGGAUUGGUGGAACUCGGAGUCUGUCACAUAUUUCUGGGCUAACUGGAAUAUCCCCGUGCACAAAUGGUGCCUGAGACAUUUCUAUAAGCCGAUGCUAAAAACUGGGACCAACAAGCUUCUGGCUCAAACUGCUGUGUUCUUACUUUCUGCCUUCUUCCAUGAGUACCUGAUUAGUGUUCCCCUGAAGAUGUUCAGACUUUGGGCCUUUAUAGGAAUGAUGGCUCAGGUUCCUCUGGCUUGGUUUGUGGGUCGGUACCUGAAUGGAAACUACGGCAAUGCGGCCGUGUGGCUCUCUCUCAUCAUUGGACAGCCUAUUGCUGUGCUGAUGUAUUUCCAUGACUACUAUGUUAUUCAUCAUGGAAGCACUACAUAACACAGGAAGGAAAAAAACUGAGAAAUGAGACAAAAAGAAAAUGUAAAGCAAGUGAGCCUGGCUCUGCUUUCAUUUUUGCACUUUGAGGGGGCAGGACCACAACAUGUUGUGAAACAAUGUAGGACAUUUACAUGGAAAGGGCUUGGUGUUAAACCUUCUGUCAGCUUGCUCCUUUGUCAGCCUUCAAUCAAACUAAACCUUAAGAUGCAGCGCCCUGUUUAUUUCAUCUUUAAUAAUUUGAUUCUGGACCCAAACUAAGUCAGGACUUUGAUGUAUGUUAAAGGAAUGGAUCGCUCUUUUGUUUGAAGCUGGAUGUUUGCUACAGCAGAGCAAAUGAAUUCCAUAAACUCCACCAAUGAUGUACUUAAUAAACCUCUUAUAGUUGAGUUAAUAUUUUCCAGACUUAAAAAGAACUUCAGCAUAUUGAAAAGAUGGCGCUCUGCUUAAAAACACACACAUAUGGUGCAACAAAUAUGAACCACUGCCAGGCAAACACAACUAGAACUCAAAUCCUGCCUCUAUAAAUAAGCUUGAAUGAGAUUUGUUUCUGUAUCAGUGACUAAGCAGUCAUUCUGUGUGUAUCCCCAUGCCACUCGUGCUGUUUAAUGCCUGUUUUCUUCCUUAAAGUAAGGCUAAAAACUCCAGAUGUCCACAUUUUGAAGUUGACCACAGUAACUGUUUUCAUUACCUUUUUAUUCCAAAAACAGUCAUAUUUGUCUCUUAUUUGUGCAAUACAAUACUAUCUAUUAUUGUUAAAUGGUCUUUAUAACAAUUUAAGGAAGCAAAGAUCCCUUCCCAUUCAGGAUUGAAUGGACCAAGGUCGGGAAUGUGGAGUAAUUUAUACAAUCAUGGCUCUAUCCUGUGGUUUGCACAUUUUAGCUGUCAGAUGAUUUCAUGCUUAAAAAAAGUUUCUAUGCUGUUAUAGUUUGCAAAGUGAGACUUUUUCUUAUUAAUAUAAUUUAAAGCUGUGUUUAUUUUUUCUUUUGUUCUUUUGCACUUUAAAGAGAUGCAUGCUAUUGACAAAAGCAAUAGAUUUCUAUAAAUGUAUUUUUUUAAGUUAUAAUUCCUAUGGUAGAAGAACAGAUUGUUUUGGAAUAGGUUUUGCUCUGUGAGAUGCUGAAAUGUCCUAAUAUUGUGCUGAAAGGAGGAACUCAAGCAUCCUUUUCACUGAAUGCUUCUUACAGUAUUUGAUCUAUUCCGUCUGAUGUCUUUGCUUUGAUAAUUGCCAUCAAAGCCUGACACUGUUGCCUGCGAAUCUAUUGCAGCACGUUAAAAUGUAAUUUUGCAUUUUUUGUAUUAUUUCCAUCAAAAGAUGUUCCCUAUCAAAAACAAGUGCCUGCUACCCAUAAAAAUAUGUUUAAAUUAUAAGACGUCCCAAAACUGUUCAAGAGCUGUAAUUUAGUUGUAAUAUUGUUUUUUUGUCUCUGAACUGAAUUUAAAUAUAUUGCAAUAAUCCUGUUUUAGGAGCAUUUCAGCACAUAGUGGGUACAUUUUAUUCGGUGCCAAAUCAGACUAAUUGUGGGCAGCAAAGUAUAUCUAAAGGAAAAGUCUGUCUAGCUUUCCAGAUCAGAGUUUAUGGCUUUUUUGGGUUGACCUAAACAGACCAGUUAGUUUUAGUUAAGUAGUUUAUGUUGUCUGAGUUAUUUGAUGCAACCUGGAAAAUAAAUGAAUUUAUUACCAGAUUUGUUCAUGCUGUGUAAUACAACUAUGUUUUUAGGAAACAUUUUCUUUCAGUUAAAUAUCUUUCUGCUGUCUGAUUAAAGAUGGCUUAUCUCUGC